AUGGCAUUUGGCACCCAGAACGGAUUUCCGAUCCUUCCUGCGUAUCCUAGCCAGCUCGGACCAUGCUCCUCUUGCCCUCGACUCCCCACCCUGUCCUCAACUUAUAAAGACCCGGCGCUCUUCCAAUCACCCAUAGGUGCUAUCAACCUGCCUCGACGUCACCCGGGAGGGAAAUCUUUACACCACCGCCCUCCUACUCGCCUGUCCCGCUGCUGGAGUCCAGGCUUGGACGCUGGAGAUCCACGCCUUCCAGGCGCCCACCCUGCUCGGCCUGAGGUCAUUCAAGAACACUCUUCACCCACGAUCCUUCCGUUCUCCUCAGGGUUGUCCCUGCCAAACAAAUUGAAAGCAAGCACUUCCCCGCUUGGCCCGACGACCAGUCCUUUGCCGCACCCGUCGCCAAUCAACAGGAAGCUGGCCCAAGAUAUCAGGGUCGGGCAGCAGGGAAAGGCGGCCGAACUUAUUAUCACCCCUCCCGUCGGCAUCAGCCGAUAUAACCGGCAACGUCUCACCACCCCCCCAUUAGAGUUAGGCAAGCUUAGCGCCGUCCUAGAAAGGGUUCUGACCUUUUCCCCCGGCGGCAAAUCCAAAGCACUCGGCAAUGCCGGAAGAGGUAAUGCUGUAUCUUGUUGCUUCAGUCUAUUAUUCAUGGCCGGCAUCACGCGCAAGGCGUUCCAGGGGAAAGCAGUUUUGGGUCGGAUGUAG